UUUACACUGUGUAAUUAUAAGCUUCAAAAAUAAACAUUUGUGAUUGUUAACACACUUUUCAACAGUGUGACAAUUUGCUAGCAUCCUGAAUUAUUGUUUUUAUAUUUUAAAAUGGCUAUUUAGUUAAAAAUAUGUAACGCGAUCUCUGAUUGGUUGGCGAAAUUGUGCAGAGCAUCCAAGAUGGCGCAAUGUUAUUUUUGUUGAUGAAAAAUAUUUUCGAAAUCUGAAUAAUAUUGUAAAAUUUUUGUUGAAUAACCAUCAUUACUGACAUCAUUGUAGAUCUCAAGAGCAAAAACUGUGCAGAUUGGUAAUCAUUUGAAGUAUAAUUCUGGAAAUCUCUUUGUUACCCGCCAACUAGAAGAUCGUUCUCGCAACCGUUAGAUGCCCAGGCACGCUAGUAGGACUUACAGAGGAACUCCUUUACCCUUGCUAUCCUAUUAAACCUAUUUUUGAAUUUCAAUGUAAGUAAGAUGAUUAUUUUUGAGAAAAAUGUGUUCUAGUACUGUUGUGAAGUGUAUUUCACUGAAUUGAAGUUAUAAAAUCGACUUAAUUUGUUGACAAUUAGAUUCGACGUUGUCAUAGUUAGGUCACGUGACUGCCGAAAGCCUAUGGCAAUAAUGGCGUCAAUAAAUAUUUUCAUUUUGAAAAGUAAACGCUAAUUGCGUGCAUCCUUGUCAAUCAAGUUUGGUGUGAAAAUCAAUCAAUCAUGAUCAUAUUUAUGAAUUUUGAUAAAAUCUAGUAAAAAUGUCAGGAAGAGGCCGACGAGGUCGCGGACGACCUCCGAAAAGAGCAGCCAUUUCGCAUAGAUCUAAUUUACAAAAAAAACCAAGAUAUUUAUACGCUGGUUCGGGUAAUCAUGGUUCACGACUAUCAACAAAACCAGGUGAAAGUAGUCCGUCUCGUAGGGGGUCUCAUGUGCAUUAUCGAGGCAGAUUACGUGAUAAAUCAAGCCGAGGACGUAAUUUUUUCUCAUCACAUUUAUUAGACUAUGAUGGAGAAGAAGAAUAUGAUGAAAAUAUAUCCAGUGAUGACAGUGAAUUUCAAAGGGAUGAAGAGAUCGAAGAUGAAGAUAAUGAAUCGGAGGCUAGUUAUGCUGAAUCCGAUGAAUUAAGUGUAUAUUCUCAAAGUAGUUUUAGCACAAUUUCCAGCUCAACACCAGCAAAAAAGAAAUGGUUUAAAAGAGCAUCAACUCCUGUAUUUCUUCAAGAAAGAGAGUUACCUAAAUUGAUGCUCCCGAAAUCUAGUGAUGACUUGUUGAUUACAACUGAUAAUUUAAUGCAAGCUUUAGGAGUCUAUGAAGUGCUUAGACAUUUUAGAAAUAUUUUAAGACUAACACCUUUUUUAUUUGAAGAAUUCUGUGGUGUUUUGUCAUCACCCGAUCAGACCUCUUUGCUGUCCGAGGUUCAUAUCAUGCUCCUUAAAGCUAUUCUUCGAGAAGAAGAAGCACAAGGCACUAUGUUUGCACCAUUAGAUAUGCGAGACACCGUAAAUAUUCAUUUUUAUUUAAUAGACAGCAUGACCUGGCCCGCUGUAUUACAAAUGUAUUUAGGGAGUGAUCCCGAAUAUAAGGAUGUUUUACAUGUGGUAAAAAACUGUGAAUAUCCUUUUACAAUUGUGGAAAAUCGUUUAAUGGUGUUAGAGUUCUUAUGUGAUAAUUUCUUAACAACUUCUCCUGCGAGAGACGAUUUAAUUUGUGAAGGUAUGAUUUAUCAUGAUGAUCAUUGUCGAUCCUGUCACAAACUUGGUGACUUAUUGUGUUGUGAGACAUGUCCAGCUGUGUAUCACUUAGCGUGCCUUGAUCCACCUUUAGAAGAAGUUCCAUCUGAAGAUUGGACUUGUGUUGUUUGUAGAGCUAAUCAAGUUCCAGGUGUUACCGAUUGUAUUUCUGAAAUAGAAAAAAAUAUGCUUUUAAGUCGGCAAGAAUAUAUUGGCCUAGAUCGUCAUGGUCGAAAGUACUGGUUUUUAUGUCGAAGAAUUGUUGUAGAAGAUGAUGAUGCUUGUUUUUAUUACACUACGAAACUUCAAUUUCAAGAGCUCAUGGAAGCUUUGGAUGAAAAUGAAUUGGAAUAUGAUUUGUUUAGAGCUUUAGAAGAUAUAAAAGAUGAAAUAUUGCGUCAAAUGGAUAUCACAGAAAAACUAACCAACAGUGCUAAAGGAAAUAAGAAAUCUUAUUUAGAAGUAGAAAAUGCUUCCCUGGCCAAAAUCCAAAGUGAGAGAGCUAUUCAGAAAGCUAAAGAAGAAGAGGAAAGACUUAGGCAAGCUGAAGCUGAAAGAGAAGCUGCAUUAAUGGCAUCUAGUCUUUCUGAUUCUGGCAAUGAAAACCAUUGGGGUAACUUAUGCUCUCCCAAUUCUAAUAUGAUGGAUAGUGAUCAAGGUGAGGAACAUAAUCUUACCUCUUCUACAACUGUUGCAGGCACACCUACUAAAACAGUUACUAUUGUUAAAAUCGGAAGCAAUGAGGAAGGAGAGAUCAGUAUCAAAGAUGAUCCAAAACCUGAAAAUAGUGAUGAUUUCAAUGAUUCUGAGGAUAGCAAACUAAGAAGUAUCAAACAAGACAAUCUAGAUAGUGAUGAAAACAGUAGAUCAAAUGAGGCUGGGGAUCAUGCUAACAUGGAAUCAAAUGAGGAAUCCAGUAAUCCUGCUUCUGAUAUGAACAAUUCUGAAGACAUGUCCAAAGACAAUUCUGAAAGUGGGGAGAAAUUAGACGAUUCUGACGCAAAGAAAGGUGUCAACUUGAAAAUUUUUGCCAAAGGCGGAAAAGGGAAUUUUAUUCAUCUGGAGAAGAAAGAGGAUGAUGACACUGACAGCCAGAAAGGUGGAAUAGUGACAAGGUCAAAAACAGGAGCUAUUACGCCUAGGAAUUUUGCUUUGGAUAAAAAUGAAAAACCGCUUGUUGGAAACUUUGUUAAAACUCGAAAGAACGGGGAAGAGUCUAUCAUAAUUGUCAGCAAAGAUGGAGAGAUUACUCGCAUGACAACACGUUCUAAGAGUUCUUCUUCUUCAUCAUCUGGCCCUACACUCUUUAAGUUAGGAAUCGAGAGUAUUGGGAAAAGUUAUGCCAACCAGUUUCACUCCAACACGUUAGCACUUAAUAAGCACCAGCAUGCCGAAGACAGAGAUAAACGACGCCAUCUUUCUCAUAAAUUUAGUUUAACUGCGGCCAGUGAAUUCAAAUGGCAAGGAACCACUCAUGGAGGUCGGGAUUUUACUGUUGCAACAUUAAGACAAGCGAUUCUUCAACUCGAGAACAAUAUACCAGCCUAUCUUUUGCAUGCUUAUUGGACCAUUCAUCGCAGCAAUUGGCUGAAAGCUGUUAACAAAUGUACUUUGCCCAAAGAAUUCGCCCUGGCAUUGAGCAUAUUGGAGGCUGUAAUGAAACCUGUCCUCUUUACAACUGUGUGGAAUGACUCAUUAGGGCAUAUUAAGUUUCAACGCACAACUGCAAUUGACAGAGAAGAAAGAAAAAAACAAGAAAAAAGGGAAAAACGAGAAGGUCCCGAAGAAGAAGUUGACAGAACUAUAUGGGUUAAAUACACUUUGGGAUUAAAGCAUCAGGUGUGGAAGCAAAAAGGCGAGGAGUAUCGUAUAACAGGCCAGGGAGGUUGGAGGUAUAUUAGCUACACUCGAACAUACAAAUUUAAACCUUGCUGUGAAAGUGGCUUGAGAGCUGGUCCUUGCAAAGUGGUUGUCGUGGAAAAAGGAGCAGAACCAAAAGUCCUAGAUACUAAAGAAUACUUAAGAAACAUUGACUCAACUCCAGAUGAGGAGCGAUUUUUUCCAGUUUCGGAUUCUUACUCUGAUUUGACUCACAUAAAAACAGAAGUGGAUUUAAAUUCAAGCGUAGAAAAUGAAAACAUUGAUGUUGAAGAUAUUAAGCCAAAAGUUGAAAUAGAAGCAGAUAAAAAACCAGUCAUUAAAAAGAAAUAUGUUCCACAUAAAGCAGGCAUUCUCACAUCAUAUUGUUUGAAUCCUGAUUUGGAUGUGGAUCUAAUUAAUGUAUCUGAGGGUUUAUCUGAAUCAGUUAGGGUGACAUACCCGAGAUUACCAAAGUCUAGUAAACUCGAUGACUUUUUAGAAAUCAGGCUUAAAACUAUUGAAACUCAAUCCAAAACCCCUGAACCAGAUGAAAAGAAAACACCAUCAAAUCUUGUUAAAGUUGAAGUCAAAUCUGGAAAUCUAACAUCUCAAACAAGUGUGAAAUUACUUGUCAAGAAAGGUGCCACCGCAACUGAGAUAUCCCGUGCAAUCGCAAACAAGCUCGGCAGAAGAGAUUUUUUCAAACCUAAAACUGCCCUAGCUAAAGCUUUAGCAAAUGGUGAAAUUGGAACAUCAGAGGAUUCCCCUUUAAAGUUAGCUACAUCUAUGUUCAGAUCUCCACGAAAAUGCUAUUCUCCUUUGUGUAGGCUUGAAAGUUCCCAAUCUAAAUUAGGUCAGUGCAAUUGCUAUUCUCCAUCCUGUAAAACAUUUAGAUCGAGUCAAGUAUUUAUAUUUAGGAAAGGCUCCGACCAAACUGUUACAAAAUUCAAUCUAAUAAAUGCUGCCAAUCUUGAUAAGAAAAUAAUAACUAAGGAUGGCUCCAAUGUCGUAAUAAAACAAAUUUCAAAUCGUAGUUUAAUAAACAAUGAAAAAUUGAAUCGUAGUUCGCCUCCUCCACUACAGCCAAUUGCUGCUAAAAUUGAAAAAAUGGAUGAAGAUGAAAAGCCUUCUAUUGAGGCUAAAGAUAUUGCUGCAGAUGAGGAAUCAAAACCUGUCGUUAAACCGGCAAUCGACCAAGGUACAAAGGGAAAAGCAUUCUUGGGGAAGGCAAGAACUUCUAAGAAACCUAAAAAGAUUGGAAAAGGCAUUUUGCCACCUUGUAACCGGUUCACUACUCCUUCAAAAAUCAAAAGUAUUCUUGCUUUGCCUCCUCAUGAAGUGAGACGAUUAUCUAGAAAAGCUGGUCAGCGUGAGACGUCUGCUUUUAAUUAUAAUGCCAAGAAUAACCAGUAUAUUUGGCCCUAUGGUACCUGUCCUAGACCUUCCUUUAAGCUUUCUUGGCAAUUUAGAACACAGACAUUGUUCAGCAUUCAUGAAGCUUCAUUGCAGUUGCGCGUGAUUUGGUCCUGCAUUCGAUGGGAUGAUGUUCAGGCUAAACCUCCACCUAGUGGCACAAAUACAAUAUCCACUGAAACAGAAGUGCAAACCAUGGAACUGCUUCAGCGGAGAGAUGUUGGAAUGUUUGGCCUACGUUCUGAAUAUCUUGUACGAAGAAUAACUGUACCCAUUGAUCUCCCUACUAAGCCUAGAGUGAAGUCAACUCCUCAAAGAAGUGGUUUGCGAGAACGUAGAAGACCAGAGUCACCUGAAAACAGACUACCUACGGUAUCUGAAAGUUGGGUACCUGAAGAAGAUCUUGAACUUUGGGAAAUCAGAGAAUUUGGUGAAAUGGUUGAGAAAAAGAAACGAGAACAUUUGAGGGACCGGCAAGCACACCAACAUGCCCAACAGAGUGCAGAAAAAAUUAAAGCCCAAAUGGAAGUUCAACUUGUUCAACAGAGACUUGCACUUCAACAGAAAAGGCUUCUUGAAUCCUCAGGACAAGCAACUAAACUUCCCAAUAAAGUAACUCUCUCUCCUAAUCCAAAAACUGCAAAAAUUGUUUCUGUUACUUCUACCACAUCUUCUACCUCUUCUACUGUCACAAAGAUUUCUUUGGUUUCUUCUUCCGGGGCUUCGACAACAGCUACUACUCCUGUCACCAGAACGUAUCCAGGUGUUCGUAAGAUUUUCACCAGCCGAACAACUAAACCUGAAGUGAAAUCAUUAGCAACUCUUACAACUACAAAUGCAAAGGUAUCGACUGCAAUAUUGCCGAAGACACCUUUGGUUGUGAGAACUCCAAAUUCUGCUAAUCCUCCUGCGAGGCCUACUGUUCUGACCUUGGGUGGUCAGAUUGUGAGGCCACCGGUUGUUCAGAAUCCUACAACACCUGCAACUCCUAUACGUACACAAAUUCAAUUAAUCCAAGGUCCUAAUGGUCAACUUCAAGUGCGUGGAUUAUUGCCAGGUCAACAGUUAAUCAGACUUUCAGAUGGUAGGCUACAGUUACUUACUUUGCCUGUACAGCAAACUCAACCUGAACAACCUGCUAUACAGGCACCACAACAAAAUCAACCUGUGCAACUACCAGCUCUUAGGCCUGCUAUAUCUUUAGCCCCAGCUGUUUCUGCUACUACAAGUGCAGCUGUUGCUACUCUGGCAUCCGCACCCUCCACGCCCAUGUCCAUCACAAUGCCCUCUACUAAUCUUACAAAUAUAACUGCUACUCCUGGAACUAUACAACUUGUCUCCCAAGGGCAGACAGCACAAAUCAAGUUUCAGUCACCUGUUGCUAUUAGUCCAAAUUUGGUCUCUGCCUCUGGAGCCCCUGGUACUGUUACUACAACAGCUUCUAAAUUAAUCCAAAUCAGACCUCAAACAUCUAUUGUACAACAAGCUACUAGAACAGUGAGACCUCUUGUUGCUGCUGGGCAGCAGGUGCGACUUCAAACUGCAGCUGUGACUAUUCCAGGUUUGGGGACUGUUGUUCAACCUGGUGCUCCAUCUACUACUACUCAAGUUGCUGUUGCGUCUAGUCAAAAUCAAGUUGCUGGGCAAACCAAUAAAAUAAUUUUGCCACCUGCUCCAGUGAAAGUAGCAGCCACUGAAGCAAAACAAAUUCUCACAAGUCCAACAAAAGUUGUUACUGUAACUAACAAAACAGGUGAUGGCGUUGCUACAUCACAGCAGUUUGUCCUAACAAAUGCAAUCAAACAGCAAAUUGUUCGUCAAGCUUUAAUGAAUCAGCAUGCCUCACCUGAAAUACAGCAAAAGUUGCUAGCCAUGCAACGGCAUCAGCAACAACAAAUGCACAAACAAUUGGAAGCAGAGGGCAAGACAACUCCAACACCCAUUAAAAUCACUGGACCUUUAACAUCUGUCCUUAUUGAUAAGAAUAAAACUAAAGUUUUGACACCUGAACAAAGGGAAGACACUCAGAGGCUAUCGAUCUGCCAGGUUGUGUUAAAAGGUCUUGUGGACAGAGUCGAAAGAGAAGAAAAAAAUUCUCAGCGUAAACAGAAAAUUAAGGAAACUGCUGAAGAAAGAAAAGUGAGAGCCAGUAAUGUUAAACUUCAGAACCUUCUUGGCAAACAUACAGAGCUCUUGAGGAGAGAUAUUCUCAAGAAAAGGGCUUUGAUGGAAAAAGAGAUUCAAGUUGAAAUACAGGCUGAAGUACAGGCUGAAAUUAAGAGACGAGAGGCUAUGACAGCAGCUGUACCUCCUCAAGUUAUUACAUCACAACCGCCUGUAGUUCAGCAAAAGACUGUUAAAGUGGUGAAACAGCCAACUCCCAAACAACCUAUAAAAGUUGUUAAACAGCCUCCUCCCAAGUCACCUAAACAGAUUCCAAAGCCUGUUCAAAUAAAGAAGAUUGAAAAAGAAGUGAAAGAAGAUAAGAUCCCUCCUGCUAAACAACCUCCUAAGAAAAGGAAAUCCUUAUCGAGUAGUGAAGAUGCAAAUAAUAGUGGAGUGGAACAGAGGCCAGCUAAAAGGCAAAAAACUGCUCCAGCUACUAAAGCAGUGGAUCAGAAAUCUCUGGACCAAAGAAAGCUGUAUUGUGUGUGCAAAAAACCAUAUGACAGCAAGAGGUUUAUGGUUGGCUGUGACAUGUGUUCCAAUUGGUUUCAUGUAGAAUGUAUUGGAUUAACAGAAGUAAAAGCAAAAUCUAUGUCUAGAUACGUCUGCAAUGAUUGCACUAAGGAAACCGAAACUGCUGCUGAAGAAUUGUAUUGUCUCUGCCGAUCACCAUAUGAUGAGUCUCAGUUUUACAUUUGCUGUGAUCGAUGUCAAGAUUGGUUCCAUGGAAGGUGUGUUGGUGUUCUUCAAAGUGAAGCAGACUCUAUAGAUGAAUAUAUUUGCCCCAACUGUCAAAGCAAUACCGAUAUCAACCAUGCCAAUCUCAAGUCAUUGGAUAAUAAAGACUAUGAGAAUAUGAAACGGUUACUCAAAACGUUAAUGUCACACAAGCAUGCAUGGCCAUUUAUGAAACCUGUGGAUCCUGUCGAAGCUCCUGAUUACUACAAGGUUAUUAAAGAGCCAAUGGAUUUAAAAACCGUUGAACAGAGACUAAAUCUGCAUACUUAUAAGAAACUUGCUGAUUUCAUCGGUGAUAUGACCAAAAUCUUCGACAACUGCAGAUACUACAAUCCGAGGUCGUCUCCCUUUUACAACUGUGCAGAAAUGCUGGAAUCUUUUUUUGUACAAAAAAUUAAAUUAUUCCGUGAAAGCAUAACGUGAAAACAUUGUCCAUUCUCAAAUGAUUCAUGGCUUUUCUGCCUAUAUAUAUUUGUAAAAUUUAUUAAGUUGCCUCUUUUAAUAAGGAAGCAGUUCUAAACACUGAAUUGUACAAAUGUGCGGAAAUCUUCUUUCUGGGAAGGAGAUAUCCGAUUUAAAACUUGAGUUCAAAGGCCAUUUUUUUCCUCGUCAUUCACCAUUUUGGAUAUCUCUGCAUUAGUACCUGUCAAAAUCGAUGAGAUGCUUUCUGAAAGAUUUAAUUGGUUGGGAAGCGAUGAUACCGAUUGGAAGUGUCUCAAAAGGAGGAAGCACUUUUAAAGGACCCCUAUUUGCCAUUGCACUUGUAAAAUAUUGUUAAUUUUGGUGAACUAAAGGUUUUAAGCUUAAAUUUUAUGAAUAACUUUUUGUACUAUUCAUGCAAUAUCUCUCCAGUGACAGUAAAAAAUAAAACAUUGAAUCAUUGUUAUUUAUCUGUAACUGUUUCAUAGUCAGGCAUCAGUCUUAAGAUGAAUCACUUAUAUAUCAGAUGAAAUGAGUAUUGUGAGAAAAAAAAAGAUGUGUAAAUAAUGUUAAUUUUAAUGUUUCAACAAGAAAUGCUUAGUCUGUGCUUUUUAGUAGUUUAGUUAUAGGUUCACUUUUCAAAAACAUGUUUAUUAUUAUUUAUUGAUUGACAUACAACCACUAUUAUAACUUGAAUUUCAUGAAUUAUUUUUUCCCUUGAUAAUCAGUUUACGUGUAUGUUAGUUGCUUUUUCCUUUUCUAUAAGCGCCUGACUUAAAAAUUUAUUAUGUCAUUUAAAGAAUUAUUAGUGACCGGAAUGAAUAUUGGCUUAUUUUGUAAGGGAAAAUCAUGUUAUAAUAAGGUAAAUAUUAAAAUUAUUGGUAUUGUUGUUAGACAAAAUUGACGUAAUAUCGAAAAUUUUUGACUAAGUACCCAUUAAGUGUUGAUUUGUGUUUCUAAGUGUUUGAUGUGAGAAAAAGAAAAUGGUAAUUAUUUUAAAACAACAGCGCCGUUGUAGUAGAAGGUUAAAUUUUUCAAAUUGUGCAUGCAUUGGUCAAAGAAUAUCAAGCGUGUAAAAUCUAUCAUAAUGGGUUGGUCAUUGCAAAUAAGGCACCAUGAAUAUAACUAUUUAUUGCGUGCAGAUAAUUUAUGUAAUGAGCAAUAAAUCCCUCCUUUUUAAUGCAGUAUUGGUACCAUUUUAAAUAAAAUCCAUACUUCUGAAAAAGUUAACCUUCAUUGUAGCAGUAAUUUAUUUGUGAACAUUCUGUAUUAGCUGCAUAUGAAUAGAUUUAUCUUCACUCAAUAUGAAAAAAUACUCUGAAAUAUUUUAUUGCUGAGAAAGUUUACUGAUGUUUUCUUGUCAAAUUAUUAAUUUAUAUUAAUAUUAAAAUACUAUGAAAAAAUUGACUUCUUAUUUAUUAACGUAUUGAUUGAUGUUUCAUUUUUAGAUGAGUUAUAAAUGAAAGAUGUAACGAAUAUUCUGUAUUCGGCCCUCUUGCGGAAUGUUCAGCAAAGUUUUUUUUUUUAACUUUUUUUUCUUCUUUGAAAUUUGAAUUGACUUAAUAAAGAGUAUAAUCUGAAAUCGUAUUUUUUACUAUACAUUAUUAAGAAUAGUUUUUAACACUUAUUAAGCUCUAAAACUUAAAAAUUUACGUUCUGAGAAACAAAUGGAAAAGCAAAGUUUAAAUAAUUGAAACUAAAUUACUUUAUACUGAACCUCAAGUUUUGUGCAACAGAUUUUUAAAAAAAAUGAUAUUCGGGCAUGUCAUUUUUUCAAAGUUUUUUGUUUUAAUUAUUGAGAAUACUUAUGUUAUGCUUGUUUUGCUCUGUUUUUGCUGUUUUCUGUUUUUAUUAUAGCAUAGCGUUUUAACGGAGCAUCUCUGAUAGGCUUAAAUCUUUUAUUGUUACUUUUUUCCUGUGCAGCAAGGUAGAUAACCGGCAGUGUAAACUGUUAUUUUCAAUGUUAAAGUUAUAUUUUGAAAACUAAGAAGAAAAUUUUUUUUUGUUACAUUUUCUUUUUAUCGGCGUUAUCUAAGAAGUGAAGUUCUUUUAUCGUCCGUUUUUUCUAUAUAAAAAAAAAAUAGCACUGUUAACUUGAAAUUUUAUUUUCGCCGUUGAAUUUUCCUUUAAUAAAUCUUAAAUAUUUCUACGGGAUAACUAUUUUAGUUUUUCUUUUCAAUGAUAUAGCUAAGUUUUAAUUAUUAUUCACUGACUAAACUUAUUUAUAAAUAAAAAUAAUAUUUAUCAAUGAUUUUUUUAAAUGUGGCUAUUCGACUGCCGAAUAUUCGGUAUUUGUCCAAAUCACUGUUCCUUAUAUCUCUGUUAUAAAUGUAUCUUUUAUCUAAACAUGUUUUAGAUAAAGCCAUUAUUUCCUUAGAGCAAAAUUUGCUGACUGCAUUUAUUAUCAAAUAUUAGUAGUUUCCACAAACUGAUUUUUUAAAUUUUUAUGUAUAUGUACUGUAUAAAUUAGCUUUAAUCAUAAAAUUUCAUUUCCAAACGUAUUGUGCAAUAUUAAGAUUAUUUUUCAGUAUGCAUUAAAUUACUUUGACUAUUAAAAAUUAUGUUCUACAAUGAUGUGUGUUCCCAUUUAAAAUAAAAUAAUGCUAAAAAAAUCUUUAAUUAUGUAUUUCCUGAAAUACGAAUAAACAAGCUUUUUUGUCUUUUAAUUGUUUCCACUAUAAUUGUUUCCACUGUUUUGUUUUCCACUAUAAAAAAAUAAAUUAAAAGCAAAGAUUUUCUUUUUUUGGUUCAAAAAACCAAUGAUUGUAAUACAGUAAAGUUA